CCCGCCCAACCCUGAGCAUUCCUACUCUGCACCCCCUAAAGACGACGGUCAACAUGCUAAAUUGCCCGCCCUGUUGGCCGCUGGUGGCGGGGUCGAUACGUUUGGUAAUGAAGGGCACAAUGAGAGUACCGAUUGGAUCUCCGUUCCAUCCUUCCAACCGAUUGGCGGCCCAGAAAACCGGCGCACAAGCCUCGGCCGCUUCCAACCCAUUCACUCAACCUCAACAACAACAACAUCAUCAACAACAACAACAACAAGCCGACAACCCGUUCUUCACGAUCUGAUUCUUGUCCUUCAUCUUCGUCCCUGUUCUCAUCCCCAUCUCCAUUUCUAUCUUCUCUCUCUCUCUCUCUCUGUCUUUCUCUCACCUCUCUCUCUCUCUCUUUCUCUUUGUAUUUACAUGUUGACAUAUAUAUGUAUACAUCUUUAUCACCUCGAUUGGCUCAUCGGUAUGUAUAUAUUCAUACAUACAUACAUACUCUUCAAUUCUUUUCAUCUUUCAACCCCCCCCCCUUUUUUUAACAAAAAAGACUUUUUUUUCUUUUGGUCGGUUUGGUUGGGUCUUAUAUUUGUUCUUCUUUUUUUAUUAUCUACUUUGAUAUACUCUGGUUAUAUCUUUCUACACAUAACUAAAUCAUUACCAUUAUUAUUAUUUACUUUUGUUAUGAUUUUUUUUUCUUUGUUUUUU